UUUUUUGGAUGGACUUCUGGUGAGAUCUCCAGCUGCUGCCGUUUUCCUGCAUUUGGAGACUGUUUUCUUCAAAUAGUUUCACUUAUUUUGCCCCAAACUCCAUCUUUUGGUCCUGUAUAACUGGAACUCCACAUACAUUUGUUCAUUUCUCGGUCCAAACUCGGAUGUCAAGGCAGCUGCAAACGGAAGAAGAUCCAGAUUCUUUUCAUGUUAGCGACCUUGAUCCGCUCCUGACUGUCAGCCUGCAGCUCCACCUGUCUGACAAGCAGCAUAAAGACACAGGAGCAACAACAAACAUCUGCAAAUUCAGCUACUGAAGCAGCCUGUAACGUGUUUAACUGGUCCAACUGAGGGGCUACUACCAGCUGACAGCAGUUAGUCAGAUCAGAGAUCAGCCAUGUUGAUCGUCUUAGCCUUCAUCAUCCUCUUUCAUCUGGCUGCGGCCAUCCUGCUCUUCGUCGCCACCAUUCACAAUGCGUGGUGGGUGGUGUCGCCAGCCGGCCGUGAUGUGAUCUACACUGACUUAUGGUACUCCUGUAACUCCACCUGCUACCCUGUUGAGAACAGCCACACUGUUGAAGCAGCCUAUCUGCAGGCGGUCCAGGCGACGAUGAUCCUGGCCACCAUUUUAUGCUGCGUCAGCUUCUUUGUCUUUAUCCUUCAGCUCUUCAGGAUCAAACAGGGAGAGAGAUUCAUUUUCACAGCCAUUAUCCAGCUAUUGGCAUCUCUAUGUGUGAUGAUCGCAGCGUCCAUCUACACGGCCGAGAAAAACAGCUUCCAUGUGACCAGCCUCAAGGAAGGCUCCUAUGGCUCCUCUUACAUUCUGGCCUGGAUCAGUUUCCCUAUGACCCUCAUCAGCGGCCUCAUGUACCUGGUGCUCAGGAAACGCAAAUAAAUGUGAUAGGCUUAACAUAUUCAAAUAUAUAAAAUAAGAAUUUGGUUACAUAUACAUACAAGUAAACAAAUUUUCCCCCACAAACCUGCAUUCCCUCUCUAACCCUUAGAUGUUUGAAGUAUUAGAAUAAAGAAAAUCCACUACAAAUCCUGCAUAAUUCUUACUUGCAGGUUCAGAAUUAGACAACACACCGAUCAAACAUGCAGAUGUGAAACCAAAAUAGUCACCUAUCUCCUUCCUGAUGGUACAUUGUUCUAAAUGAACGUGGCAUAGAUGCAUUAGGACUCACUGACACAGGCGGUGUGUUCGUUUAGUGGAAUGUACGAUUUAAUUUCCAAACAAGUUCCUCAUAAGUGUAUCUGGCAGUUGACUUACAAAAACCACCUUAUCCUUAUUUUUCAUAUGUUAUAACAACUAAAAAUGUCUCUGGAAACAUUUAAGGUGACAAAUACUAAUUUGAUCUGAGGUUCCUCUUUUAAAAAAUGACUUUUGCCAGCUCGGUACACUGUGUGGGUUCAUUUCUACUCGAUGCUAAUGCACAGUGUCACCGCUUUCUUACUGCAUUUAGUGAGAACCUACCUUCACGAUCCUGUUUUCCGCUCAGCAGAAACUCAAAAACUGAACUCGAUUCCAACACACUGAUCUAUGUCCUCCUCUUAUAUCUUUGUCUCCUGUUUUCUACCAGCUCCAUUCAUAGGAAUGUUUCAUCAGCACAGAAAGAAGAUGAAUAAGACAAGAGAUUUGUCUGACUGGACACAACCCCUGAACUUCCCAAAGGGUCCAUACUGUUUUUGUGAAGCUAUAGUCAGCAGAAUUGAUUUUGUACAUAUUUGCUGUGUGUAUGUAUAGUUGAGGUAAGACUCAUAAUAAAAUUAUAAAUAUAAAAGAAAAAUAGAAAAAUCCUAUGUUAAUCAUAGCAAACAAGAAGUGUAGUGAGUCAUAGUUGACAUAUAAUAUGUAGGAUUUUAACCUUUUGUUUGUAUUCUUGUGUUACUGACUUGUGUUUUAACGGUGAGAAAGGAACCAAUGAUGUGCUGUGAUAUUUGGGAUUUAAAAUUACAGAGUAGAAACAACUUGAAAUAAGAAUGAACUUGUUUUUGUUAUUAUGAAUGAAGCCUUUUUGUUUGCAGCUUCACUGCAAAAAUAGACUAAAUUUAUUUAUUGUUUAAAACCACUGUUUUGUUUUUAUUUUAGCAUCAUGUGACUGAAGAUUUAUGAAGAACGUCUUGUCAUAUUUUUCCCCUCGCUGGCCAUGCUGCUGUUUGGUCCAUGACUGGAACAUUUCUACCACCUCUAUGCACAUGGGCUCCAUCAUUUAAUAACAGUAAAUGUGGUGCUGUAUUAUAGCUGCCACCAAAUCCCAGAUUUGUUUCUUACAACAGCCUUUAGGUCAACACUGGCUGGUGUUCGGUUUGAGGUGAAACCAUCUCUGGGUUGACUUGUGAUAGAAAUGUUGGGUGGAAUUUGGACCACAGAGCCUCACCAGUCAUGAAGAUUCAGGGAAAAUAAAAUGGAAGUGAAGUGAUUUUGCUCUGCUAUCUCAAGCUGAUACUUGAAAAUGAACAAAACAACAUGUUAGAGGCCAAGAUUGUGAUGUUUGUAACUUUUUUUUUGUAGAGAUGUCAUCUUAAGAGUAUUUCAGUAAUUAAUAAGCCUCCUGUUUGCGAGCAAAUAUUCACCUUUUAGCAAAUCCCAAAAUUUGAGAUGUAAAUCUUUAUAUGAAAAUGUUAAAUUUAACUUGUGUGCACAUUCAGUUGCAGAUAUUGGACAGAAAUCACAGCAAUCUCUCUUAAAAACGAUUAAUUAGAGCAUUUUUUUCUGUAUUGUGUUUUAUAUAAUUGUAGAUUUAAUAGAUGGUAGUCAUGUGUAGAGUUCUAUGAAUAAUCAAAUGGCCAUACUGGCAAAUAAUCAUGACUUGUUGAAGCCAAAACUGUAUUUAUAUGGAUUUUUGCCGUUGAAAUAUUUCUAAUGCUUAAGUAUUAAUUCCAAAUCAAUUGAGAAUCUCAUGUUUCUCUAUAAUAUUUGACAAUGUUUGAAGAACUUAAAUUAAACAAUCGUUUAUUUUACAGCAUGCAAUGUUUUUUUUUAAUGUUAGCAUUAACACAUUCUUGCAUUGUAGUUUCUGCUUUUUACAGGCUCCUCUGCUUUUAUUGUUUUUUUUGGACAUUAAAUUACAACUUGCUAUUUAUUUUGACCUGUGUUGCAACAUUGAUGGCAGCUUCUGUAAUUUGUAAGAUAUCCCUGUGUUCAUGUGUUCACGCGUCAUCAAGCUAAAAUGUUUUGUCUGCUUCUGACACCCAGUGGACUGCACCGUGUGUCGGUGUUAGUGUCAGGUUACAGACUAAGUUGCUGCAAGAUCCUGUAAAACACUUCUUAAAAUAAUGAAUGUGUUCUUGCAUAUUGAAUCCUGCAAAUCUCAGAUUGGUCAAACAUCCAACAAAUUCAGGAACAAAGACUCAUCUUUCCUACAAGAAUUUAUAGGUGCUUGUGUUUUUUUCCCCUCCAGUUGCCCAGUUGUGGAUCUAAAUAAACAUAUUUUACAAUAAAUACA